AUGAACCAAAACACGCCCCGUGCUGAAGCAAGUGAGGUUCCAGGCUGCGACCGCAGCUGGGGACGCACUAUGAAGAUGAUGCGGGAGCGUCGGGAGCUUCUAGAAAACCCCGACGAAGGCGAGGACGGCGGGCAUCCAUGCGUGAAUUGUCUUGAAGUUAUUAUGAAGACCCCUGGAGGAAGCGUGCGAUCGCUUAUCCUUAAGUGCCCCUCGUCUGAUGGGGAAAGCAUCCCAUCGCUGCCAUGCGGGAUCUGUGAGGCACCGUGUUGUCGCCUGCACCCGGGGUUGAGUACCCCCGAACUCGAUGUUAUGAUGAAUCACGUUCUGGCUGGAAACUGGGAGCUCGAGAGCUACAGUGACAAGGAACGGAAAGACCUGAUUGGGAAGGUGUUGGAUCGACACCGGUUCUUAGUGGCGGCGGACAUCAAUGCGCAGCAUCAGGAGCUACAACGCAAGGCAAUGGAGAAUUUCCGUAGCAAGUUUGCUUGA